AUUCCUCGCUCUAAUCAACCGUGACGCUGUCCAAAGAUUUUGUUUUGGUCAAUCGGCCCGUGUCCACAAAAACAUCUCUCGCUGUCACUCAGCGGCUGUACUGGAAACAUGGCGUAUAACGCAGUCAUCACCAGCGGACUGAUAUUGCUCCUUCUACCGAACCAAACAUCCGCUAACCGGUUCCUGCUGUUUGUCCGUCAUGAUGACAUGAACUACACGGAAGCCAAGGAAGCGUGUGAGAGUUUCGGGGGUCGCCUGGCCGUCCCGGGCUCGUUCAACGAGGAGGAGAGACUUGACGUCAUGCAGUGUAUCCCCCCAAACGUCGUCUUCUGGACCAAUCAGAGAGGAGCAAAGGACGCUUGUUUAGUAACCUUCCUGUUGGACAUCAAAUGUUUCUACGAGAAGAGGUUCUACCAACACGACUUUUUGUGUGAGGCUGAGCGGGAUUCGAUCCGGUAUUCGUAUUACCUGAAAAGAGGAGAUGUGUGCAGUAGUCAGGAUAUCCACCACUCCACGCUAUCACCGGGCGGAAAUACCACCACAACCACGACCCCCGUCAGCACGACACGGACCCCGGGGCCAGAGCUGACCCUCUCACCAAUCAGAACACUGCAGACGAUAGGAACACGGCCACCAGACGGCGACAAAACGACGCCAUCGACUGACGUCAUCAGCACACAGAGAGAGGUGGUGCAGAAUGGUACAGAGAUCAGUGGGGGACGGAACGGGGAGAAAGGGUCCGGGGGCGUGUCAAACAUUGGUGCAAGUGCAGCCAUUGCAAUAUUUUCUGCGAUUUUAAUAUUGACAAUUCUUGGAAUCUUUUACGUUUAUGUCAAACGAAAGAAACCGGAACUGUUGAGAAAAGCCUCGUUUUGGAAGACACCGGAACCAGUCCAAAACGAGUACGACACAGUUAGGCCCCGACAGGGACCGGAACAUUCUUACGGAUACAUGAGGAGUUCCGAUCCUCCCGGGGAUUACUUACAACCAAAUCCUUCCGCCAUACGAUCGCGAAACAUUGACAACAUAGAUUAUUUGGUAGAAGCAGACGACAACAUAAUUUCCGGGGUUGAUCGUGCAGAUUCUUGUCAGGCGGCGCAGGAAAAUGACUACGACUACAUUCACAUAGACGACGCUGACUGCGGACAACCACCUCCUCCCUACGAUCUUGCCAGAGCUAUUCCGAACAGCGGUUAUGAAAAGUGCAACCAAUCACAAAACACAUCUAAGACUCUGACAUCACAUGAUUAUUAUAACACGCCUGAUUCAAAAAUUGCACCUCCGAGGGAUUCAAACCGUAGUAAUUCAGAAUGUGUUACGAACAAAGUGGAGUUAUAGAUUUUAAAAUUUUGUUGUAUUUCGUCAAAUUUGAUACUCUGAUUUAUUUUUCUCCUAAGGAGUUUGUUAUGGAUAAUAAACAGGGAAACUUGA